AUGCGUUUUUCUGGCCUUCUCUCCCUCACCCUGGCCGCUGCUCCGGCCCUAGUCUCUGCACGCGGUACCCUGGGGUUCUCCCUAGGUGACAAGAAUGCCGAUGGCACCUGCAAGUCUACCAGUGACUAUGAGGCCGACUUCGACAAUCUGAAGGAUUUGACGACUGUUGUCCGCACCUACUCCGGCACCGAAUGUGACACCCCUCAAAACAUUCUCCCAGCCGCACAGAACAAGGGCUUCAAGGUUGUCCUUGGUAUCUGGGUCGGCGCACAAGCCAGUGGCGAUUUGAGCACCAACGAUGCCUCUUUCACCGCGGACUUUGCCGCCCUCAAGCAGGCCAUUCCCGGAUACGAGGAUGUCGUCGAGGCUAUCACAGUCGGCUCCGAGACCCUUUACCGUGGUGACCAGACCGGUCCCUCGCUGCACAACUACAUUGGUCUUGUCGCAAACCAGUUCACGAACAUCACCGUUGGUACUGCCGACAGCUGGAACAAGUUCGCCGACGGAACUGCUGAUGAUCUGUUCACUCGUGACACCGCAUCUGCCCCGCUCGUCACCUAUGUUCUUGCCAAUGCCUUUGCCUACUGGCAGGGUACCGCGGCCGACCAGGCCUACCAGACCUACUUUGAUGAUAUGUCCGGUGCCAUGACUCACAUCCAGAAGGUUGCGGGUGCCAACGCUGAUAAGAUUCGCAUUCUGAACGGCGAGACUGGCUGGCCUACUGAUGGUGGCUCCAACUACGAGGCUGCUCAGGCUGGUACCGCCAAUGCUGAGAUCUUCUGGCAGACUGGUGUCUGUGGCAUGCUCGCCUGGGGUGUUGACCUCUUCUACUUCGAGGCCUUCGAUGAGUCCUGGAAGCCCGACAGUGUUGGUGACAACGGCCAGGCCAUGGAUGAGAAGCACUGGGGUCUUCGCACUGCUUCCCGCCAGGACAAGUUCAACACCACUUGCUCUAACUGA